AUGGUCGAAACCGAUAGCCUAAGUUUUGUCUUGUCUUGCUGUUCCAUACCAUUUUACAUCAUUGGACUCAUCGGAAAUGUGUUGGUCAUUCGAAUCGUACACAAAACAAGGGAGAUGCACACCCCUACAAAUUAUCUUUUAGCUAGCAUGGCCAUUAGUGAUGUCUUCACCAUAAUAAUGAUUGCAGCUCACAGGUUUGCCUUCAGUCAACACAUACUUGACGAAAAAUUCGCGCACUUGGUUUGCAAGGCAUCGCCCGUCAUUACAACCUUCAUUACAAUCUUCGCAAUAGUUUCUUCCACUACUCUUACUGUGCUAGCAGUUGAAAGAUACAACGCUUUGCUGAAGCCUUUAAGAACGGGAUUGCAAUUAAGUGAAGACAAUAUAAAAAAGGCCAUCGCUCUCAUUUGGGUGAUAAGUGUUUUUGUAUCCAUCCCGAAUGCCUUCUCUCAAGAAUUCGAUCGAAUCAAUCGCGUUCGUUCAGGAUGUGUUAGCCAACGGGACUCAAUUAUCAAUCUAGUGUGGAAGAUUUACUUGAUUGUAUUUUACGCUAUUUUUUUGAUACAAUCGGUAGUCAUGGUAUUUUGCUAUGGUUCCUUGAUCAGAGGUCUCUACUUUACCAACACAGUUUGCCCAGAAAAUGAAACCACUGAUGGCGAGAGAAGCUCGGAGAAGAAAAAACUUGUUAUCACAUUCCUUCUAGCGACUCUCGGGUUUUUGAUCGGUUAUAUACCUUGUGUGGCUUUCCAAAUUGUUUUGCAUUUCAGACCAACUCGAAUAUAGAUAUCAACCUGUACUCUCAUCUCCAGAAUGCGUUUCAUUUUAUGUUUAGCUGGAGUCUAUGUUUAAAUCCACUUGUUUACGCUUUUCGAAGUACCCACUUUAGAGAGGGCUUCAAACGCGUUCUAACAACUUGUUGGAAGCCAACACCACAGCAUGACGACAUUCACUGA